AUGAUUUCUUUCUUAUAUAAUAGCGAUCCCAGGGACUCGGACUAUGUGCUGGCCUCUCGUAUCAUUCAGACCUGGCUCUUUCAAUCGAAUCGCUCCAAUGAUAAUUUCCGCGAACCACUGGACUUACCCUUCGAGGCUGGACAUGUGGAGAUAAUAUUUCAGCAUGAAAGCGUUCCCAAAACCGGAGAUUGGGUGGCCGUUUGUGGUCACGACUACAAGGCAUCUUUCGACUCCACGUGGCGAUCGGAUCUAUGCAUCACCAAGCAUCUGAUGGCCAACAUAACGCGCUGCAUUUGCCCGUUGUCUGGAACCUACGUGGUCAUGCUCACCAAGCGUCAGCUAAAUGUAAGCCAGGGUCACCAAGGUCGCCAAGGCCAUUUGCUGUGAUUCGGAUUCGGUUUGGAAUUCAGCUGCCCAAUUCAUGCAAUUCACGUGUACCAAAGUGGAAAGCCCCUUUUGAUUUAUGGCACUUUUAGGUCCUGCCAUUUAGUGGCCUCACACCUGGAAAGCCCAGCUACCUCUCUCUUUGUGCUGCCCCAGCGUCCGCAUUUCCGCUUCCCUUGGUCGCAAUCAACAACUUGGCCUUUGCUGCCAUGAACUUGCUCCAAAUGCACUCGGUUUUUCUGGGUUUCGCUUCU